AUGUCAGACACAAUCAAUCAAUCUAGAGAUCUGAUCUCAUCCAAGUCAGCCCAACUCCAAUGGCGAUCGUCAAAGCUCUUCACCCUAUUUGUGGUUGAUUUCGCCAUAUUUACAGAUUCAUUUCUAUAUGGACUGAUCGUUCCCUUGGCCCCAUCCGCUCUACACGGAAGAGCCGGACUAUCCAAAGACGAGUCACAACAAUGGACCGCUAUCCUCCUCGCUCUAUAUGGGUCUGCUCUGGUCAUUCUCUCCCCAACAAUCGGCUACUUUUCAGACAAACUACAGGCCCGCCGAUCGCUCUUCCUAUCAGGCCUAGCUUUUCUUGCUACCGCAACUGCGCUCUUAUGCAUCGGCUCGCACAUCGCUCUAUGGAUCGUUGGAAGAAUUCUCCAAGGCGCGUCCGGCGCUAUCGUCUGGACUGCCGGAAUGUCACUUCUGGUGCAUACUUUCGAGGCCGAUGAGCUAGGCCGCGUCAUGGGGAGUACCUCCAUGGCUAUGGUUAUUGGAUGUAUGGUUGGUCCCAUCCUGGGUGGUGUGUUAUACCAGUAUGGUUCUUACUAUGCGCCGUACGCCUUUUCUUUCGGGCUUAUAACGCUGGAUUUUGGGUUCCGGUUAAUCAUUGCAGAUGAAAAGAGGGCAUUGGGUGAUGCGGCGAUAGAAGGUGUGCCGGUGGCACGGGUUGGUAAUACUAAACUGGGACAGUCGAGGGAAGAAGAAGAAGACGGCAAACCCACGGAGGAAAUCAAGCACGUUCAUUCGCUACAACAGAGAUACGAUACUUGUGCGACAUCUACAGCUGAAGAAACGUAUAUGUCGUCGGACAUUACUUUGUUACCAGCAAAACGGGGUCGAAUGGUCACUUUGCUUCGAGAUCCCAAGAUGAUUGGUCUCUUGUGGCUAUACCUGGUUACUUCCCUUAUUGUCACUGCCUUUGACAGUUUCCUGCCAGUAUUCGUACAAGAUACAUUCGGCUGGGAGCAGGCAGCCCAAGGACUCAUUUUUGUUACUCUCAUUAUUCCCAAUCUCUUUGACUCGGUAUCAGGGUAUGUUAUUGACAAAUGGCCCCAAUCGAAGCGUUAUGUCACUGCAUGUGGGCUUGUCACCAGUGUUCCGCUCUUUGUGUGUCUGCGAUUCGUCGACCAUAAUACUAUACAGGAUAAAGUAUUGCUCUGUGCUUUGCUGGCGCUCAUUGCUUUAUGUGUGGGUAUAACUCAGUCGCCCAUCAUGGUCCAAGUUUCAUGCCUGGUUCGAGAUAUUGAGGUACGGAGACCUGGGGUUUUUGGCAAAGGCGGCGCCGAUGCAAUGGCAUAUGGUCUUUUGAACAGCAGUUUUGCCUUGGGAUCGGUGAUCGCGCCGUUUUUGGGUGGAUUUCUUCGUGCCAAAGCUGGUUGGGCCACUAUGUGCUGGGUUCUGGCGUUACCUGCAGGUGCGUCAGGGCUUCUGGCUUUAUUCUUGUUUGGUGAGUGA